GUCAGUGUCCUCAAAUUAGUGUAAGACGUUUUCAUAUAAUAGAGAUGAAGGUUCGAAUUUUGCUACUCCUCUUUUUCUUAAGUCAGUUUCUUUUAGUCAACUACGUAAAUGCAGGGAAAUUGGGGAAACUUGAAGGCAUUCAAUUCUCUUCUUGGAGAGGCUCGUCAUCAUUAGGCAAUCAUAUAACGGGAUCAAGACAUUACGGAUUCGGACGUUCAUCAGGUGGACACACGACGGGGUCAGACUUAACUGGCUAUGGAAGUUCAUCUGGUAGACAUAUGACAGGAUCAAGUCCUUUUAACCGUGGAAAUUCAUCACAGAGACAUACGAUAAUCUCAACUCCUUUUGGAUAUACAAUCAAGCCCAUACUUACGACCUUGGGACGCACAGGAUCAAAUCUGACAGGAACUAUAUCGAGUCAAACUUCGCAUCAACAAAAUAAAGAUGCAUCUUCGAAAUAUUUACAAAAUAAAGGUGGAAAUACUCCACGAUCCUCUCAAAGUAAUUCCGGGCAAUCUAAUUGGCCAUAUCUAGCAUUACAUCGCAAUAAAGAAUAUUUGUCAAGAGUAACUUCUUUUCUGGAAAGUUUUCUAGAAACUUAUCCUAUGAGUAGAACAUCAAGCUUUACAACACAAAAUAAAAAUUCUACACGAUAUAGUUCAUCAGCAUCAUCGAAUAAUCAUUUAUUGACAUCCACUAUGGUACCUUUACAAAAUCAUGAAAUAGAAGAUGCUGACGCUUAA